CCCGGCUGAGUUAGGAGCGGCGGGAGCGUGGAAGUGAAUCCCGGGGCAGGUGAUGGGGCAGGUGGGGCUCCCCGGCGGCCCUGAGCCCCGCCAAGGACCCGGCCGAGCUUUACUGCGGCAUAAAAAAAGCUCCCCGAGGAAUCGGUGGCAAGUCCAGUGGUAGUCGCUCUUCCAAAACCUUCAAACCAAAGAAGAAUAUUCCAGAGGGGUCUCACCAGUACGAGCUGCUAAAACAUGCCGAGGCCACGCUGGGAAGCGGCAAUCUCCGGAUGGCUGUGAUGCUUCCAGAGGGGGAAGACUUAAAUGAAUGGGUUGCAGUUAACACUGUUGACUUCUUCAACCAGAUCAACAUGCUUUAUGGAACCAUCACAGACUUCUGCACGGAGGAGAGCUGCCCUGUGAUGUCUGCUGGCCCAAAGUACGAGUACCACUGGGCAGAUGGGACCAACAUCAAGAAACCCAUCAAGUGCUCCGCGCCAAAGUACAUCGAUUACCUGAUGACCUGGGUCCAGGAUCAGCUGGAUGAUGAAACGCUGUUUCCUUCCAAAAUAGGCGUCCCAUUCCCAAAGAACUUCAUGUCAGUGGCCAAGACAAUUCUAAAGCGUCUCUUCAGAGUCUAUGCUCACAUCUAUCACCAGCACUUUGAUCCCGUGAUCCAGCUGCAGGAGGAGGCACACCUUAACACUUCUUUCAAGCACUUUAUAUUUUUUGUUCAGGAAUUCAACCUUAUCGAUAGAAGAGAACUUGCACCACUUCAGGAACUGAUUGAAAAACUCACCUCGAAGGACAGAUAAAAAGAAGAGGACUUCUUGAAGUCACUUGUUUCUUUAAGCAAGCGUGUGGUAUUUGUUUUUUUUUUUUUUGUUCAUUCGUUUUUUUUUUAAAAAAAAAGAAAACAAAAACAAGCCCCUGUGCUGUUACCAGUGACAGCCGAGAUCUACUUUCUGUGCUUUUACUAGGGGAAGUCUUUUCUCUGUUAGUGACACGUGGUAAAUAGCUUUUUUUUUUUUUUUUUUAAUUUUUAUUUUAUUGUUACUCAUUGUGGAAUUUCUAGCAGGUGCUGAGUGUUAAAGGAAACGUGCUUGGUUGGGGGAUUGACUCUGCUGGUGGAUGGGUUCUUGUGUUGUGUCAGUGGUAGCCCAUUCUCAUGAAGUCCCUAAAAGACUUGCUUACAUUCUCUAAGUGCCUUGGCAGACUCACUUCUGAGGUGCAAAGCACAUACAAUACUGAACAUUGCUGGAAACAGAAAAUAUUGUACUAACACCCAGACACUUACUGAUACUUGUUCUAGAAAAAUUAUAUAUAUGCUUACAGUAAAAAAAAAAAAAAAAAAAAAA